UCCCCUGGCCGUCCCUGGGGCGCUCUGCGUCUCCAGUCGCGCCCCGAAGCCGCCGGCGGUCGCGGGCGGCCGGAUCCGCGCCCUGUCUCGGAGCCCGGAGGACAUGCGGGAGAGAGAAUGAGCCAGAGGGACACGCUGGUGCAUCUGUUUGCUGGGGGAUGUGGUGGUACAGUGGGAGCUAUUCUGACAUGUCCACUGGAAGUUGUGAAAACACGCCUGCAGUCAUCUUCUUUGACACUUUAUAUCUCUGAGGUUCAGCUGAACACCAUGGCCGGUGCUAGUGUCAACCGAGUAGUCUCUCCCGGACCUCUCCACUGCCUAAAGAUGAUCUUGGAGAAAGAAGGACCUCGCUCCUUGUUUAGAGGAUUGGGCCCCAAUUUGGUGGGGGUGGCUCCUUCCAGAGCAAUAUACUUUGCUGCUUAUUCAAACUGCAAGGAAAAAUUGAAUGGUGUAUUUGAUCCUGAUUCUACCCAGGUACACAUGAUUUCAGCUGCAAUGGCAGGUUUUACUGCAAUCACAGCGACCAACCCCAUUUGGCUUAUAAAGACUCGGUUACAGCUUGAUGCAAGGACCCGUGGGGAAAGACGAAUGGGUGCUUUUGACUGUGUUCGUAAAGUAUAUCAAGCAGAUGGACUCAGAGGAUUUUACAGGGGCAUGUCUGCUUCAUAUGCUGGCAUAUCAGAGACUGUUAUUCAUUUUGUUAUUUAUGAAAGUAUUAAACAAAAACUACUGGGAUAUAAAACGGCUUCUACAAUGGAAGAUGAUGAAGAGUCUGUGAAAGAAGCAUCAGACUUUGUGGGAAUGAUGCUGGCUGCUGCCACUUCAAAAACGUGCGCCACGACUAUAGCAUAUCCACAUGAAGUUGUAAGAACAAGACUACGUGAAGAGGGAACAAAGUACAGAUCGUUUUUCCAGACACUAUCUUUGGUUGUUCAAGAAGAAGGGUAUGGGUCUCUCUACCGUGGUCUAACAACUCACCUGGUGAGACAGAUUCCAAACACAGCUAUUAUGAUGGCCACCUAUGAGUUGGUGGUCUACCUACUCAAUGGAUAGCAGCAUGUGCCUGUCCUUCUAUCAAGAAAGAAGACCAAAAGAUGAUGGUGGACCACGGGAUAUCUAAGCCAGCAUGAUGGACAGAAGGAAGACAGCUGGGGAACAUGUAACUAUGCCUAAGUGGAGGUUUCCUUGUAGGAGUUAAAAUAGUCACACCACAUCACUUGAGCUUUGGCGAAAUGUAGGUGGGAAAAACACCCCAUCUUCGUCCAUGAAAACAUACUUCUCAAAAUUGCCAUUUUCUCUAUCAUAUCCACCUAACACAGUUGUUUUGCUGAUUUAUGGCAGUCAGAGUAUAGCAUUGUUUAUUCCAUAAGCACUUUUCCUGUCUUCUAAGCAAAGCCAUCUCUAAUAAUAUACUGUGGUAUGACUGCCCAAAGAUAGCAUUGACUGGCUCCUAUUCAAUUCCUGUAAAGUUGCAAAAUAACAGCAUUGAUAAGUGAGGUCCUGGGUAUUAUUUUCCCAUUUCGCUGACAGGUCCUGCCACAAUAGUGUAAACUUAAUUACUUGAUGUUAGUAGCUGAUGUUUUAGACAGCUAAUAACAAACAUACUGUCUAAAUACUUCUGUUUCCAGCAUUGAAAUGUUUUGGUUUCCACUUCUAAUAGGUGCUUGGUAAUACAUCAAAUUCAUCUGGGACAAUGAAUUAGCUUGAAAAUGAAAGGCAUUCAUUUGGACAAAAUAAAACCAGUGAGAUAGUGAUUCUGGCCGUUGUGGUGACCUGAGCACGCCUUGUCUCUGACUUGUGACUUGUGCAUGGAGACCGCGAGUGGAGGGAGUCAGCCAUAUUCUUCGGUGAUCAUUAGUUAAGAGCCGACUUAUCAGACCUAGGUAUCAGUUAUUUAAAGGGUGAGCGUUUUUCCCCAUUUUUGAAUUUUCUGUUUGCUUGCUUAGAGAUUUAGAAUUUGAACCUUAGAAUUAUUUCCAGAAGAUAUGUAGAAAUUGAAUUUAUUGUACAGAGAAGAUGGUAAUUUUUAACUUUGCCCUUACACCUUUUUUCUCUUUUGUUUGAAGGUGACAUAAUAUUGAUAUCUGGGGCAGUUAAAAAGAAGAGAGAAAUUCUGCUGUCUGAGUCAGCAGGUAGUGAUUUCAAUUGACUUAGAGUUGAAAAUGAACAAAUUAAUUUUAAAUUAAUUCUAAUUUCCUGAAUGGUAAAUCAUAAAGAGUUGAAUUAAUUCACAUCAAUUGUGCUAAAAGGCCAUAGCUUUUAAUUUUUGCUAUUGAGCUCAACUGCACCUUUUAAUAUUUUGAAUCUUGUCUGUGUGGCUCUUUCGGAAGAUGCUCACUGUCCUGUGAAGAACACCUGGUUAUGAAUGUUGCUGUGCCAGGGGAACUCCAGUGGUACCCGCUCAGAAUACAUGAACUGUCCAUUUGUGCAAUUGCUUUAUCAGACUGCUUAUGAAUGCACUUUGUGGCCUUUUUGGGUAGUGAGGGAAUAAGAGAGAAUUCCAUGUUAAAGAUUUUUUUUUAAUUGGUCCUGUGUUAGGUAGAACCCGUGUUGAUACCAUUUUUCUGGAUUUUAGAUACAGUGUUUUGGAGAUUUUCAGUAUAAAUGUUCUAAAUAUUCUGUGUAUACUUAAGUGCCCCCAGUGUUACUGAAAAUUACAGUAUGUCAUUGCAAGACCUCUCUGGUGUCACCAAUAACACAUAGUGCCCUCUUGAAUUUCCCACCUUCUUAAAAUCCUUAUAAUCAACAGUAACUGGAUGUUUUUGAGGUGCUUUGAUUGGAAUUUUUCAAUAUUCCAAUCUCAUUUGGAGACCAAAGGCAAAAUGAGUUCUCUUACCUUUGGGAUUAUUAAUAACCUUUUUAGCUUUGACAUUUAUUGUGGGGCACAUACCAAAAAAAAUAAAUGGAGGUUUCUAACAUAAAUCUGCAGUUUCAGUCUAUAGUAUUUGCCUUUUCAGGUGCCACUCACUUAGGCUUGCCUAAUAGAAUGCCAUUUGCCUUGGAAGAUCCGUAAGCAUUAGUCAAUGCUGAAGGUAGGACAGAAACUUUCUCUAAUCUUAAUGAUCUCAGUACCCCACAAAUGGUUAAGAAUGACAUGAAAACCACCAGCCAAGGAACAUCCUAUUGUCUCCUUGUAGCAAAUUCAUAACAAGUGUCAUUUAAGGAUAAACAUUUUAAUCCUAUUUAUUUGCAUUUAGCAAGUAAAACAUUUGUUGGCCUUUAUUACAUUAUAUUCAGCUUUCAAAAUGAGUAUUAUGUAUACAAGGGGCUUAAAACGCUUGGAAAAACGACUGUAAUUCCAUUUUUGCAGUUUAAGAGGUCCUGUCAUAUACAGGGAGGACAAGUUUUAGUGUCUUAGAUUUUGUUUCUUUGUGCAACAACUGGAAAGGAGCAUUGAUGUUUAUUUGAAUUGAUUGCUUUUGUUCCCAAAGCACAAUCUAUAGAAGUUUACAUUAUGUAUGAGAGGCAUCAUUAGGAAAAAGAAAACUAUAUAUAAAAAUUGUAUAUAAACUUUAUCUCCAGACGAUCUCUUUGGAGAAUUUUUUUUAUUAGUGAUUCAAAUGUUUUAAAAAGAAAAACAAAAACGCACAUUCAAAGCAUUGGAUUCCUUUUUUGUUGUUGUUGUAAGAAAAAUCCUUAUUUUAAUCUAUUUUCUAUCAAAUGAUUUUUUGCUUUUGUUUUUCUGGUAUAAAGGGUGUCAGCACUCCAGAUUGGUAUGUACUUCUAUUAGAAGAUAUGCUCAGAAGAUAGACCUUAUCUAAAUGAAAGUAGUAGAUACUAAAAGAACAUUCUCUAAUCUGGUGCCUGUUGAUUUAUAGAAAUUAUUUGCUGAGUUUCAAAAUUCAAUUAUGAGAAUUAUCUCUGUGAUUGUGGGGUGUACCAAACAGAGCUUUUAUGUCACACGCGGAAAAAUCGUCACCAAAGCUUUGUUUUCAUUCUCAUUAUGUAUGUAACCUUACUAGAUGAGGCCCACACGUAAUUGAUUUAUAACUUCAAAACCACAACAGAGAUUACUCUGCCUGUUGUCUCCUAGCACAAACUAAUGCCCCCUGUGGACCAGCAUUAUUGCAUUAGGACCAGUGGAGUUUGGGUUGCUAAAGACAAAUGCUCACUCUUGUACCAGAGUAUAAAUAUCUCAGCAUUUUUAGAUUUUAAAAAAAUAUUCAUUAUUUUUAAUUGAAAGGGUUUAUAUGCCAGGAGUUAUCUAGCUCUUACUCUCUGUCUUGUUCACAUGCCCAGUACCAGGUUGUUCAUGGGCUCAUUUGCUCAGAGUGUUAAGUUUGAAGGGACCCCCCCUUGGAAACGAAUAAGAAAAAUAUUCAGCCCUUUCCUCUUCCAAUAGUGAUCAUGGCUUCAACAUUCCUAAGAAUAUAGAUGAUUCUGACCAUUUAAAUUGGAGAGAAUUUUAACAUACGAAAUUAAGACAACGGACUUACUGCCUGUUCAAAUCUCCUUUCCAUCCUGCCCUUACAUUGCUCAUACACACUUAUUUGGAUGUGAUGCCGGUCGAAACUGAGAAUUCAGUUUGGCUUGCUUUCUGUGUUGCUUUUUGAAUGUGUACCCCAGCAUAUGUGAACAAUUAAAUUAUGACCCAUCAGUCAUAGCUAAAUAGUCAACUUCAUACGAAUUGCUGUCUUUUAGUCAUUUAUAUGAGGUUUGCUAUUUUUGCAUUAUUAUACAUAGCUGUAAAUUAUGUGCAUUUACUCUGUAUUUAUGUUAACAAGCUGACUUAUGUGAAUUAUUAAAAUUCAAAAAGUUAAAUGUU